CGCGCCCCCCCCCCUUUCCCUCCGCCAGAAAAAAAGUAAGCGUUAAACUUCCGUUCAGUCUAUGUGGACUGAUGAAAUGUAGGAAAUCUGUUUCUGGCGAGGGGGAAAAAAAAGGUUUCCCAAAGAGAGCACCAAGUAGAGAGAGAGAUCAGAAGUAUGAAGAGUGGCAGUAGUGCUGCUGCUGCCGGGCUGCUCAGGCGAGGAAAGCAGGACGGACUGCAAGAGAAGAGCUUUGGGGCAUCGCGCACAGAAAAGAUAUUUGACAACAUGCAUACUGAGGUAGCACCAGUGGUUAAAAGAUGUGCACCUCCCUCAGCCCAAAGGCCCGAGGCCCUGGCCUCUCCGAUAUGCACCAGUAUAGCCAGUGGCUGGCUAGCAGACAUGAGGCUAACUUGUUGCCGAUGAAGGAGGAUUUGGCCCUGUGGCUGACAAACCUGCUGGGAAAGGAAAUAACAGCUGAGACCUUCAUGGAGAAAUUGGAUAAUGGGGCUUUGCUCUGUCGGCUAGCGGAGACUUUACAGGAGAAAUUUAAAGAAAACUGCAUUGAGGUCAACAAGAUUGGGAAGAUAAUGCCAGUGAGGAGAAUCCCAUGCAAAGCCAAUGCACCAUCUGGAUCCUUUUUUGCACGGGACAAUACAGCAAAUUUCUUAUCCUGGUGCAGAGAUGUGGGAGUAGACGAUACUUGUCUAUUUGAAUCUGAAGGUUUGGUCCUUCACAAGCAGCCCAGAGAAGUGUGCCUUUGUUUGCUCGAACUUGGAAGGAUUGCUUCAAGGUUUGGCGUGGAGCCUCCUGGAUUAAUAAAACUGGAGAAAGAGAUUGAGCAAGAAGAAACACUUUCAACCCCUCUUCCGUCCCCCUCCCCCUCCCCCUCAAAGUCGCCUGGCAAAAAGAGCACAGGGAAACUUCUGGAUGAUGCGGUCAAACAUAUUUCUGAAGAUCCUCCUUGUAAAUGCCCUAGUAAAUUUUGUGUGGAGCGUCUUUCACAAGGAAGAUACAGAGUUGGAGAAAAGAUCCUUUUCAUCAGGAUGCUGCACAACAAGCAUGUGAUGGUUCGCGUAGGAGGCGGCUGGGAGACGUUUGCCGGGUAUUUGCUGAAACACGACCCGUGCCGAAUGCUGCAGAUCUCCAGAGUGGAUGGGAAAACAUCCCCGAUCCAGAACAAGUCUCCGACCAUCAAGGAUAUGAACCCAGACAGCUAUUUGGUUGUUUCUGCCCAUUACAAAACCAAAAAGGAGAUUAAGUGAAACGUUCAUUUGGGACUCUGUAUAUGUAGGCCCAUGCUAUCUUCUCAAGUGUAGUUACAUUAGUUGGUGCUUUAAAAGGACUCCUGAAAAUUACAUGCAGACUGGAAAUGGCAACCCAUUUUGUGGGUUGUUGAACUGUAGAACUAUUUAUUUCUAGUGCUGUUCCUUUUUAUAGCAAGUUACCCUCGAUAGGUUAAUUACUACAAUCUGAUUUUUUUAAUAAAAAAAAUAAGACAUAUAUUUUUAGCCAAAUUAUUACUCUAUGAAUGUAUUCUUAGAAUGACUUAUGAGUCACAUUAAAGUAACAAAAUGUGAUAUAUUUGUAUGGGAAACAUCUAUGAUUCUCAAUCAUGUGCCCUAAUUCAGAGCUCUGUGGUUAACCUCAUUAUUGGCAUCCAAAAAGCUCCAGGUUCACCUCCAGUUAAAAAA